AUUUAAUGGAGGAAGUUAAGAAAGAUAAGAGAUGUGUGUGGAGAUCAUUGAACUUAGUCACCACAUGCAUAGAUCAUGCCACGGGAACAGCUUCUGUGAAGUUCAGUGAGACAUGCACCACACCCAGUGACCAACAGUGCUGUAUUUGUUCAGUAUGCCUGAAGAAGUGACUUACGCGACUCUCAAAUUUCCAAAUGCUUCCCAGGUGAAGACAUCCCAGGAGAGCUACAGUCUCAAGAGAGCAGACAAUCAUGAAGUUCCUGAAAUGGAAAUGGAUGGCGAAACUGAAAACAGAGCAGGGGGAGUUGAGAGCACACCUGAGACGGCAGAGAGCAGAGCUGUGGCCGGACAUAGCACUCGGUCAAAAGUAUGGUGCACUGUUGCUUUCAUUUCGUUGACUGUGAACCUGGUGGUGCUGGCUGGACUGGGGACACUGGGCCUGAGGUAUUAUUGGAAACUCAUCUUCAACAACAGAACAACAAAUGAUAUUGAACAAAGCAAUAUACAACAGUUGGAAGAAAAUUUAAUGCUAUGCAUGAAUAUGUAUAAUAAUGUCUCAAAUGGGCUUAUCAUUUUUGAAAAUAUGACACAAAACAUUUUAAAAGAGCUGACAAACUUUACGUCAGAAUACUGUGAAGAGUUAAUGAAGAAGGAAAAAGAUGUUCAAUUUCACUCAUGUUUGGAAUCAUGGAUGUGGUAUGGAAAUGGAAGCCAAGGUCAUGCCCAGAUGAAUACGGACAGUGUUCUUUCGAUGUUUUCUCCUUUCAAGAAGACAAACUGGGAAGAAGGAAGGGUUUUAAAAUUUUGCAUUGUGACCUUCACAGAUUUGACACUUGCUGAAAACAGCAAAGUUAAAAACACGACAAUGGGACACACACCAAAUACAACUCAACUCCUGGAAACAAGCAGGGUUACAGAAAGUACCCAAAGGUCCAGAGAUGGGGACAGUGUCAUUCAUGAUGGGCAUUAAGGAGGGCGUGUGAUGUGAUGAGC